GGCAGGAUGACAGCUGAACUGGUGGUGAAGGUAGAGCAGUGCAGUCUAUAACAUUAACAGCCAUCAUAAACCCCCGUUUUAUUAAAACGAAGGACCGACAGAUUUCGCCGUGUGACUCCUGUUUGUACCAACCCGCGGGAGUGUUUGAGUUUACCAGAGGACGGUAACCGUUAACCUUGCGGAUAUUGUUUGUUCCUAUUCACCAAGAGAGAAAAAGAUCCGUGUCCGGAUGUGCCAGCAGUAUUUGGUUCUUUGCAUGGCGUAGGCACCUUUUCUAAAGCAGGAUAUUCUUGAUGUUUGGAGGGUCGGAGGAGGCCCUCGGGUCGACAGCUUGUCCCGUUAACAUUAACUAUAACGUUACUUCCAAAUAGACCGAUUUGUGUGGGAAAAGAUCAACGACAUGGUUGUGCAAUAGAGAGGAAGAAGCGUUGUAACACGUCUUGACUAACCUCGGUGUUGUGGAGAGAGCAAGUCACCAGGAAUCCAGUGUGUUUCCUGCUCUAAACCCAACAACAAGCUUGUGAGAGCUAUUUACAAGGGAGACAAAAAGAGGAAAUAUUUGUGUCCUUGCCUCUUGUGUGUGUGUGUGAACCCCUCCGCGGACCGGGAAAACCUUCACGAUGACGGGCAGCACCCCAGCGGACAUGAUAAACCUGCGGCUUAUUUUAGUCAGCGGGAAGACGAAAGAAUUCCUCUUCUCUCCCAACGACUCGGCAGCAGACAUUGCCAAACACGUCUAUGACAACUGGCCGAUGGACUGGGAAGAAGAGCAGGUCAGCAGUCCUAACAUCCUGAGGCUGAUCUACCAGGGCCGCUUUCUACACGGCAACGUAACACUAGGAGCUCUCAAACUGCCCUUGGGGAAGACCACAGUGAUGCAUUUAGUUGCCAGAGAGACUUUGCCUGAGCCAAAUUCCCAAGGUCAGAGGAACAGAGAGAAGACCGGGGAGAGUAACUGCUGUGUCAUUCUGUAAAUACAUGCCUCCACCGCCGGCCCUCCAUCCUUCUCAUCCGUUCUCGUCCUCAACAAUCCUGGACCUAACAAGCUUGUCCCCUGUCCUGGAGCCUGUCCACUAUGCGGAUAUGCUUUCAGACAAACACACACACACACACACACACACACACUUCUCUUUUUUCCCCCUCUCUCACACACUCACACAGACAUAGAAAGUAGACAGCAGGCUCAGGCUGAUCCAGGACGCAGAGUUGAGGAGCAGGAAAUUGAUUAAUGAUAGAGCUGAUUCCUUUGUUGUACUUGAUUUGUUAUCAUAACUGAGAAUCAGAGGAAGGAACUGGAAUUGCAUGUGUAUAUUUUUCUUUUUUUCUUAAUGCACACCUUUUUAAGCCUUCUGCCAUAACACACACACACACACACACACACACACACACACACACACACACACACACACACACACACACACUAAACAUACACAUCUUGGCUAGCCACCCUCAGCCAGGCUGUUAAAAAGUGUUCUAACUGGCUCCUCAUUCUUGCUGGUUGUCACAGUAAUUAAUGCAGUGCCCAAGUUUGUGUGUGUGGCCUUGUUUUCUCAUACAGACCACUGACAUUUUUAACCACUAACAACAUACCAACACACACAUAUACACACACAUACCCUGUCUACACAUCCAACCAUAUGUGCUUGUGUGAUCUCCCUUGGUGCAGCAGACGAAGCUUAGACGUGCCUGAUCAGAGAACUCAAACUAGGACACAUAUACACACAAGAUAAGAAAACCUUUAUUUGUCCCACAGUGGGGAAAUUGCGGAAACAUAUAUAUAUAUAUAUAUAUAUACACACACACAGACAUAUACACACACCUGUGUCCUUUUUACUGCCCUCCUCUGCAUGUGCCCUUAAAGGUCACAGCAGAGAAAUUAUUCUUUUAGUCUGCAGAGCGCUGUACAGACCGAACACAUCCUACUCUUUCAGUCAUCAUAUUUUAGCCAAACAAACAGACAAAUAACCAGUGGCGGUUGUAUUUUGGUUAUUUGUUUGUCCAUGACAUUUGUGGCUGUGUUUUUACAGUCCAUGCAUUUUACUGACCGACCAGUGUUGUGAUUAAUAAAACGUCAUGUCAGUCCCCACCCUCCCCGAUGUACCAUCCCUCUCCUUGCGAGGAAAGGCUCAUUGUGCUCUUUUUUAAAAACAGUGUUGUGAAGGGUCUGUCUCUUGAGAAUUGCUGUUUAAGCAGGGAAAUGAACACGGAAUGAAAAUGUUCCCUAUUUGUCUUAAUUCGCUUCCUACUCUCCUUAAUUCCCUCUCCGCAUUAAUAAGUCCAUUUUGCACAACUGAAGCAUGUGCUCCUUCAUCAGAUUAAUAAAAAUGUAUAAAACGUUUUUUGUUUUAUUUUAUAUUUUUCCAAUGGAAGUAAUGUUCCAAACGAAGGUAAUAUGUAGAAGAUAUUUAAUAUGAAUCUUAUAUAGAACAUGAUGACUCUAGAUCUUGUUGAUAUACAGUAUAUUGGUGUUUAGUCUAUGAUUGUGUAUAUGGUUAGCUUCUAGCCAGUUCACAGUCACUCGCUGACAAUGUCUUGUGCUUAACAGCAGCAAAACCUCCCUAAUUAUCCAUUGACUGUAAUUUUAUUUUGUUUCUUUUGGUGUUCUUUUUUUUUUUUUUCUGUUUAUAAUUUAAUGUAAUCCUUUUUCUUUGUGGUUUUUUGCUUUAAAGAUUUGCUUUGUAACAGCACUAGGUCUUAAAAAAAUAUUGUUUAUAUUGAUCAGGGUUCAAAUCUGUACAGAGAUAAAUGUUUUCAAAAAAUUGUAAAUAGCACUAAUGCUCCCUCCCUCCCCCCUCCAAACUUCAAAAUGGAAUACAUCUGUAAUCUAAAUAAAGGUUAUUGAAGUGCA